CAUUGGGAUGGUCUUUUCCCCCAAACAUCUCCCUUUAAACCAGUGAAGGGACACCAACCAAAACCACUGCCUCUGCCGGGUCUGCCCAUACACAACUACACAACACAAGCAGAGAGAGAGAGAAACACACAAAUCCGCAACUAGCCAUGUCCUCUCUCUCCCUCCUCCCAUAGGUCCAUAACCAAAUAUAUAUACUAGGACUAGGUGAGCUGCUUCAGCCUUCAUAGUACAACAGCAACAGGAGGGAGGAGGAGGACGGAGGGGCGCCACCACCAUCACCACCACCACCACAAGUACACAAGGAUUGAGGAAGCAAAAGAGAAAUAUCCGUUUUGCCUCGCCGCCUUCUUUCUAUAGGUAGCUUUGCCUUCCCGCCUCUUCAACAAUGAUGGCAUGUGGGUCUCGAAGCAGCGAGAUGGUCGACGAGUUUGAGAAGCUGGUCAUCAGGAUGAACCCUCCAAGGGUCACCGUGGAUAAUGCCUCCGACAUGACUGCAACCUUGGUCAAGGUGGACAGCGCGAACAAGUAUGGGACCUUGCUGGAGGUCGUCCAGGUACUGACCGAUCUGAAGCUGACCAUAAAGAGGGCCUACAUUUCCUCUGAUGGGGAGUGGUUCAUGGAUGUGUUCCAUGUCGUGGAUCAGGAAGGGAAUAAGCUUUAUGACGGCCAAGUCAUCGACAGAAUUGAACAGUCUCUGGGAGCCGGGUCUCUGAGUUUCCGGGGCACGGACCGGUGUGUCGGCGUGGAGGCCGAGGCGGAGGCGGCGCAGACGGUGAUCGAGCUGGUCGGCAGGGACCGGCCGGGCCUCCUGUCGGAGGUCUUUGCGGUGCUCACCAACCUCAGGUGCAACAUCGCGGCGUCGGAGGUGUGGACGCACGACGGCCGAAUGGCGGCGCUGGUAUACGUGACGGACGCCGACAACGACGGCGGCGGCAUCGAGGACCCGGACCGGCUCGACAAGGUGAAGCGGCUGCUCCGGCACGUGCUGCGCGGCAGCAGCCGGGACAAGAAGAGCGCCCGGGCCGCCAUCUCGUCGCGCGCCGUGGCGGCGCCGCACGCCCAGCGGCGGCUGCACCAGAUGAUGCGCGCCGACGACGGCAACAACAACAACAACAACAACGGCGAGGGCUGCGACGGCGGCGGAGGACGGAGCCUGCCGGUGGUGGCGGUGGAGGACUGCGCCGAGCGCGGGUACACGCUGGUGAACGUGCGGUGCCAGGACCGGCCGAAGCUGCUGUUCGACACGGUGUGCACCCUGACGGACAUGCAGUACGUCGUCUUCCACGGGACCGUCAUCGCCGAGGGCUCGGAGGCCUACCAGGAGUUCUACAUCAGGCACCUCUACGACGGCACCGCUGCCUCCGACGAAGACCGCGAGCAGCUCCGGCGGGGCCUCGAGGCCGCCAUUCAGCGGCGUAACACCGAGGGGCUCGGGCUGGAGCUGUGCUGCGAGGACAGGGUGGGGCUGCUGUCCGACGUGACCCGUAUAUUCCGGGAGCACGGGCUGUCCGUCACGCACGCCGAGGUGGAGACCCGCGGGGAGCAGGCGGCGAACGUCUUCUACGUGACCACCUCGUCGGGAUUGCCCGUGCAGGCGCAGGCCGUGGAGGCCGUCAGGGCGGAGAUCGGCGACGAGGUCCUCUUCGUCAGGGAGGACGCCGCCGCGCCCAAGUCGCCGCCGGGCCGCGACGGCGGCGGGAGAUCGCUGGGGAACAUGAUCAGGUCCCGCUCCGAGAAGUUCCUCUUCAACCUCGGACUCAUCAGGUCGUGCUCGUAGGAGUAGAGGAGGAGCAUGCUAGCUCAGGUUAACCCCAGCUAGUUCAGUCAGUCAGUCAGUCAGGGUUACAGGGUUGUACGAGUACGUAGCUACUCUACUAAGUAGCUAGCUUAAGCUAACUACGGUAGCUAGGGCGCGGUUCCUUUGUCAACGCCGCAAGCGCGCGUUGAUCCUUGUCAACUUCUCAGAUGAAGAGGAACGUGCCUGUUGGUCGGAGAUCAGUAGCAGUGUAAAUAUUUCCAUCUUGUUUCUUCAUCUUUUCCCAUAUCUUUGUUGCUUA